AUGACUACCCCUUCCAUGCCAGCCCGCGGCGAUAGAACCGCACCCACUUUCGACCCUCGCCAACCUCGGGAACUCCGGCGAUACUUCUCGGACCUCGAAUUCCACUUCAAUCGAUCUACGGUCGUCGACACUACAGAACGCAAAAAACACGCCUGCCGAUUCCUCGAUGUCGACACCUGCGAGCUCUGGGAAACCCUGGCCGAGUACACCAACGCCGCAAUGUCCUACGAAGAUUUUUGCAAGGCAGUUUAUCGCCUCUACCCAGGAUCAGAAGAAGAGAGGAAAUGGUCAGUGGCGGAUAUGGACAAGUUGGUCGGAGAAAGUAGCAGGAUAGGGAUUUUAUCGCUCAGCGAUCUAGGCGAGUACUACCGCCAGUUCCUCGUGAUCACCUCUUUCCUCCUCAGCAAGGAUCACAUCUCCACCGCCAAACAAGGUCGCGCCUUUACCCGCGGAUUUCAGCCCGAAUUAUGGGGCCGCAUCUCGCAACGCCUCCAGCUCAAGUUCCCAGAUCACUUUCCCGACGACCCGUACCAGUUACAAGACAUUCACGACGCCGCGAGAUUUAUCUUACAUGGCACCUCGUCGACAUUUCAACUGGCCUCCGCCGACAGUUCUCGCGCGACUCGCAGAACGAAGACCGAACCAUCGAUAAAAACCGAGGACCUCGCCACCAUGUUUGAACGCAUCGCUGAAACCUUCAUCAAAGCACUCGCAAACCAGCCCGCACAAGUCUCGACAAUGUCACAGCCACCACGCGCGCGUCGCGAUCCCAGUAGCUCGGACCGCUGCAUGUUUUGUGGAGGACCCGAUCAUUUGUACGUGAAUGCGGUGAGGUUGCUGAAUAUAUCAGGGUUGGGAAGUGCAAGAAGAACACGGAAGGAAGGAUCGUAUUAUCGACAGGCGCAUUCGUACCGCGAGAAAUUCCGGGUAACAACCUCAAGGAUCGCGUCGAUGAAUGGCACCGUCGCAACCCCGGCCAGAUCGCCACCGGCUCGAUGA